AUGCGGGAGGGCUCGCGCACGCCACCUCCAGAACCGGAGCUUUGGUUCUGGCGCCCACACGCCAACGGCCAAAGCAAAUUGAGUUCCCCUAGGAAGCAGAAAUCCCCACGCGGGGCUGCGGAGGAGGAGGAGGAAGAGGAGGAGGAAGGGCUGCCCCGGGGCUCGCUCUUUCCCCCCUUCGCCUCUCCCGCCGCACUGCUUUGUGGAGCGCCUAACGCUGCCCCGUGCCCUCUUCUGACGCACAACAUGUUCUCUGCCAGGAAGGUGCUGGGAAGCUGCGGAGCCGGCAGACCUCUCCGCUCCCACGUCGUGUCCCGGAGCUCUCCGGACCUGACCUUCGUGCCCGCGUGCCUCCCCCCCGAUCCCGGCGAAGUGGAGGAGCUGCAGCAUUUCAUCUCUCGGUCCAAGAAGCUGUUUGUCAUGACCGGAGCCGGCAUCUCGACCGAGUCGGGGAUCCCGGAUUACCGCUCGGAGGGCGUCGGGCUCUACGCCCGCACGGACCGGCGGCCGGUGCAGCACGGUGAGUUCGUGAGCAGCGCCCGCGCCCGGCAGCGCUACUGGGCCAGGAACUUUGUGGGCUGGCCCCAAUUCUCCUCUCGGUGGCCCAACGCGGCUCACUUGGUGCUGAGGGACUGGGAGCAGCGCGGGAAGCUGCACUGGCUGGUGACCCAGAACGUGGACGCCCUGCACGGCAAAGCGGGGAGCCAGCGCCUAACAGAGCUGCAGCGCUGCACGCACAGGGUUUCCUGCCUGGGCUGUGGAGACCAAACCUCGCGCUCGGAGCUUCAGGAGCGCUUUGAAGCUCUUAAUCCCACCUGGAAGGCCGAGGCGCUCGGUGUGGCUCCCGAUGGGGACGUCUUCCUGACGGAUGAGCAGGUGCGCACCUUCCAAGUGCCGGCCUGCAGCAAAUGCGGCGGCAUCCUGAAGCCCGACGUGACCUUCUUUGGAGACACGGUGAGCCGGGACAAGGUGAACUUCGUGCACCAACGGCUGGCGGAGUCGGACUCCAUGCUGGUGGCAGGAUCCUCCAUGCAGGUGUUCUCUGGCUACCGGUUCGCCCUGGCUGCCCGGGAGAAGCGGCUGCCCAUCGCAGUGCUCAACAUCGGGCCGACCAGGCUGGAUCACUUUGCGUCGCUGAAGCUGAACUCGCGCUGUGGGGAGCUGCUGCCUUUGAUCAAGGCCCACUGA